CUCUCUGCAGUCUCAGAGCUGAACACGCUGAAGAUAACGAGAUGAACAGAGAGAUGCUUUACGCUGCACUGAUCGUCCUCCUGCUGCCCAUCAGCACCCAGGCUGGAGUAGAUGUUUUCAACGUUCCUCCCAACAGAGUGAUGGUACAGGAGGAAGGGUCGGACUUCCUGCUGAGCUGUUUACCCACGAUCCUCAGCGCUACAAACCUCACCCUCCGCAUGGCUGACGGAUCUGCUCUUCCUCCUGACCUGAAAUUUACAGUCGAUCCCAGACGGGGAAUUGUGAUCCGAGCUCCGAGGCCCAGCCACAGCGGAGAAUACGUCUGCAGCGUGCUAGUGAACGCAGCACGGCGAGAUUCACCAUCGUUCCACAUCAACGUCAUGAAAAAAGUGCGCGUCCCUCCAGCCGUGUCCGUGGAGGUGGAUGAGUGCGUCCGAGUCGUUGGAGAGAAACUGCAGCUCACCUGCAACGCCAGCAACCACUAUCACUCCUUCACCAUCAAAUGGCAACACUCCAGCAAUCAGACACUUCAGGUGAAGAAGACGGUGAAGAGCAGCAGUAACAUGGUUCAGGUGAUGAGUGUGGUCACUCUUCCUCACGUGAACAAGUCUGAUGCUGGAAAUCUGACCUGCAUCGCCACAAACACAGCGGGAAAAAACUCCACCACCGUCUCGCUCCGAAUCGCAGAGAAGCCGUACGUGUCUCUGACGCCACUGAAGCCGAGCGGUUUAAAGUCCACAGUGGAGCUGAUGGAGGGUGAGACACUGGAGCUGAGGGUGGAAGUCGACGCUUAUCCCACCAUCCAGGAUGGGAGGUGGAGCACACCACGAGCUACAAACACCUCCACCUACGAGGAGACACUCGUCACCAUCCACAGAAGUUACAGACAAGUCGCUUCACUGUCCAUAAAGAGAAUCAGAGCAGACGAGAGCGGCUGGUACAGCUUUAAUGCCCGGGGUGCCAAUAUUAAUGCCACAACUCACAUUAAAGUCUAUGUAUACCAGAAGCCGAGUGUUGUGAUUGAAUGGAGGAACGGUUCUUUAACCUGUUUGGCCUCGGGUUAUCCAGCACUGACUGUUUACUGGCAGCAGUGUGAGAAGCUCCACAACACAUAUGACAGCUGUGAUAGAAACACAUCAUCUGUGGAUUUACUGAGUGAACAAUACACACUGCAGCAGCACGAUGAUUUCCAGCCUCACACAGUGCGGAGUGUUUUACUGACUCGCCUCCACAACACCACGGCCGAGUGUGUAGCUGUGAACACGGCUGGAGUCGGGCGGAGCGCGAUCAGCUUACCGCCCCUGCUCUAUGUUUCUCAACCUCCGCCUGAUGUCUGGACGUCUCGGAUUUUCCUCACCAUCGUCACAGCAACUUCAGUUACAGCGACGCUGCUCUUCAUUUUGUUGGGGGUUUGUGUGUACAGGUGUAAACAGAAACCGAAAUAUGAGAUCCGAUGGAAAAUCAUCGAGGUGAGCGAUGGGAAUAACUACACGUACAUCGACCCCACUCAGCUUCCCUACAACACCAAGUGGGAGUUUCCCCGAGACAGACUGACGUUCGGUCAGGUCCUGGGCUCCGGGGCGUUUGGUAAAGUGGUGGAAGCGACGGCGUUGGGUCUGGAGAAGGACGACCACGUCACUCAGGUCGCUGUGAAAAUGCUGAAGUCCAGCGCUCACUCGGAGGAGAAAGAAGCUCUGAUGUGUGAGCUGAAGAUUUUGAGUCAUCUCGGAUCUCACGCCAACAUCGUCAACCUGCUGGGAGCCUGUACACAUGGGGGUCCCGUGUUGUUAAUAACGGAGUUCUGCAGUCACGGUGAUCUGCUCAACUUCCUGCGCAGGAAAGCGCCGUGUUUUAUUAACUCAGUGUUUGACACACACGAGAUCUCCCACAUCUACAAGAACCUGAGGGAGAAGCAGAACCACGAGAGACGCGACGAGAUCAACAGUUACAUGGACAUGCAGCCAGGUCAAAGGUCAAGAGACUGUACACAGGGAGGGAAGAGCGGAGGACAGAGUGAUGUUUCAGCACUGAACAUGGACCGCUUACUGAGAUUCUCUGCUCACGUGGCUCAGGGCAUGAACUUCCUCGCAUCCAAGAACUGUAUCCACAGAGACGUCGCCGCUAGAAACGUGCUCGUGUCCGACUCUCUGGUGGCUAAGAUCUGUGAUUUCGGUCUGGCGCGUGACAUCAUGAACGACUCGAACUACGUGGUGAGAGGAAACGCGCGGCUGCCGGUGAAGUGGAUGUCUCCGGAGAGUAUUUUCGAGUGUCUCUACACGGUGCAGAGUGACGUUUGGUCGUACGGGAUUCUGCUGUGGGAAAUCUUUUCUCUCGGGAGGAGUCCUUACCCGGACAUGGUGGUCGACGCCCGCUUCUACAAGAUGAUCAGAUGUGGAUAUCACAUGUCACAGCCGGAUUUCGCUCCUGCUGAGAUGUACCAAAUAAUGAAGAUGUGCUGGAGUCUUGAGCCGACCUCGAGACCGACCUUCAGCAGAAUCGCCGAGCUGAUCAGAGCGCUGCUGCCCGAGAACUCAGAGCAACAGCAGCAGCAGUAUCAGAACAUUCAGCAGGAGAUCUCACAGACGUUUGAGUCGCUGCCGUGUGUAAAAGCCAAAACGAACGACAAUCAUCACGACAAAACGCCGGAAGAGCAGCGUCCACUCACACACUCCAAUAACUACCAGCUUUACUGAAACACCGGAAUCAGCACUUUCUGUGUUACUGUUAGCAUUACAGGAUAAACCCUCAAUCAGCGUCAGCAUUAACAUUAUACUUACAAACUAAAGACACGUGUAAUAAUAAUAAUAAUAAUAAUAAUAAUAAUAAUAAUAAUAAUACACUGAGAGUCAUGUGUUUCUAAAUUAAUUAUCCAUCAGGUGAAUGAAAGUGAUUAAACACAGCGAGAGUGUGUAAAUGUCCACACAGGGAGGCUUCCAAUAGUUUUAUACAAAUAGUCUGAAACAAAUAUCAUCAAAUUUAUCCACUUUAAUGAAGCUUUCUCUAAACGCCCACGUUUCUAUUAAAAAUAAUAACAUUGGAGUGAUUUUUUCCUCUCUCUCUGCGUAAACUGCCAGAUUCAGUGUUAUUUCAGGUUUUUUGACUUCAGGUUAAAUGUGUAUUUAAAAAGAUUUUAAUAUUAUUAAAAGUGAGUCUCUGGAUCUGUGCUGCUUCUUCUACUGAAAUGUCAGACGUUUAAGCUCACAGUAAAAUGGCAUCAAAUUAUUAACGCCCCGGGGACAGUUUUGUAAAUAUGUACAUGAUUUUUACUUUUUUGCAACAUAAACACUUUUCCGUUUCUUUUAUUUUCUCUUAAACACAUAUUUUGUUAUUUGAGUGAUUAUGAAUAUAAAUAACUUUCUGUUUCUAAACUGUAAGGUUUUAUCACAGAAAAAACAUUCUGUCAAAAUAAAGCAAAGCAAAGCAUAAAGACUGUGUGUUAAAAAUGCGUUUAUAUCAUUUUUUUACAGUAAAGUGUUUUAUUUCCACUCUCUUCACUUCUCAAACUUCUAAACAAACUUACACAAUAAAGUUUAUUAAAUAUAAA